AUGUCCGACGAAAAGGAAAAGUUAAGACAGAAAUACGCUCUUGAAGAACAACAAGCAGCACAAAUGGGCAGCAGCAGCCACAACAACAAUUUACCCAAUGAUGCACCACCAGCAUAUGAAGAUAUCCAAGGUUUUCAAAACCCGUACUCAGACAACCAUGAUUCCCAUGGUCAAUUUGCUGCACCUAUGGGUGCCCCAAACUACGCACAACAACCGCCACCUGGAGACUACUCCAACUAUUCCAACUACCCACCACCACCGCCUCAACAAGGGUCCUCCUCCUCCUCUUCACAACAGCAUCAACAACCACCACCAAAUCUCUACACCAUCAAGCCCACAGUUGUUGAUAUAAACAACACCGACCCACAGAAUUUAAACCCACAAUACCAGAUCUUCAAACAGAAUCAAGAUGCUAAAGUGGCUAGAGGUGAAUAUGCAGCAUGGAACCCAAAAGCACCAUUGGAAAAGGGUCACAAGUCUAACAAGAAAAUUGAUCUGAGUUUCCCUGGACGUAGUGGUGCUACUUAUUACAAUGCUGCUAAUAAACAUUGA